AUGGCCUCAGAAGCUUCCUCGUCUCAACCGAUAUUCGGCGUCAACGAACGGUGUCUGUGCUUCCAUGGACCCCUCAUUUACGAAGCAAAAAUCCUGAAAAGUCAGGUUUUUGGGGAAACCUCACCAGCUCCCUUAGGAGGCGUUGGCCAACACUACUUCGUUCACUACAAGGGAUGGAAACAAACAUGGGACGAAUGGGUGCCCCCGGACCGACUUCUCAAAUUCGAUGAGACCAAUAUUGCGAAACAGAAAGCGCUACAACAACAAGCCCAUGCUGCCAACGCUGCUACUGCUGCUAAAUCACAUGGUAAAGCUGGAACCGGGACAGGUCGUGAACGAGAGAAUGUCAGCAGCGUUGGAACAAGGGCCGGAACGCGUAAGGAUACGGCUCGGGGGACAAAGAGGGCAAGAGAGGACGAUGAAAUCACUCGGAAGAACGAGAUGAAACUAACAGUCCCGGAGGCCCUCAAGGUUUUCCUCGUCGACGACUGGGAGAGUGUCACGAAAAACAAUCAACUUCUCACUCUUCCCCGUUCUCCCACAGUCGAAGAACUACUCAAGCAAUUCGAAGAACAUGUCAAGUCCAGUAAACCUCCGAACCUCCGGGAUCCCGACCUCUUAGCUAACACAGUGGUAGCUGGUCUGCAGAUUUACUUUGAUCGUUCUUGUGGCAUGAGUCUGUUAUACCGUUUCGAGCGACCACAGUAUGCCUCUGUACGAAAACAGUAUAUCACAGGUCAGACCGUCAAAUACGGUGAAGAAAAGGAAAUGAGUGCGGUUUACGGAGCUGAGCACCUACUGAGGAUGUUAGUUUCGUUACCUCAAAUGAUCGCGAACUCCGCAAUGGAUCUGGAAUCUAUAGGACUUGUACGAGACUACGUGAACGAAUUGCUGAGGUACAUGGAGGUCGAAAAGGACCGGAUAUUUCAGAAGGAAUACGAAACAGCCAGCACUCAGUACCAGAAUCUUGCUAGGGCUUAA